GAGAGAGAGAGAAAAGGCUAAUUGGAAUCCAUACAACUUGCCUGGAGAAGUGCUCUCUUACUGUAUGGUUCCAACUCAUAAAAUAAAUAUAUAUAUACACGCACAUAUACAGAGAGGGUGAUAAAGAUAGAGAGGCUCAUUGGAGCAAAAACUAGUGCACUCAUAUUCACAAGUAUUGAAGCUUUAUGCUUAAAUUUGAGAAAUAAGAGAGUGCAAAGAGAGUGAAUUGUGAGGAUUAAUUUUUUGUUGAAUUGUUGGUGUUAGAUAGGUGGAAAGAUGAAGUUUGGCAAGAAAUACAAUUUAGAGAUGGAAGGACAAGAUCAGAAGAAAGUGUCUGGGAUAGGAUAUGAGGAGCUCAAGAAGAUCUUGAAGAAUUGUAGGAGAGAUCUUGAUCAGUCCCAAAUUGACCCUGAUCAUGGGGUCCCCAAUGACAUCUCCACCUGUCCAGUUUGCGACGGGGUUUUUUUCCAGACUCUUCUCAAGGAGAUGUCUGCUGUAAUCAGAUGCUUUAAGGAGCGCGUGAAGAAAUUGAUUGAGAGGCAUCACUCUUCAGGUUUCCAUAAAUACUUCAUUCGAUUGAAAGACAAGCUGCAGGGGAACCAAAUUGACUUAAUUCAGGAAGGCAAGGACCUGAUUACUUAUGCAUUGAUCAACACCAUGGCAAUGAGAAAACUACUGAAAAAAUAUGAUGAGAUUCAUUUCUCUAAGCAAGGCCAAGCAUUUAAGUCACAAGCACAAAGUAGGCAUAUUGAAAUCCUGCAGUCCCCAUGGCUAUAUGAGCUUAUGGCUUUUCAUGUUAAUUUGAGGAAGGCCCCUGUGUUGUUCGACGGAUGCUCCGUCAUAUGUAAACCGUCACUCUCUUGUGAUCUCUUUGAUUCUGUCAAGCUUGCUAUUGACUUGACUUGCCCUAUAUGUUUGGACACAGUAUUUGAUGCAGUAUGUCUCACUUGUGGUCAUAUCUUUUGUCACAUGUGUGCUUGCAAGGCUGCAUCAGUAACCAUUGUGGAUGGAAUGAAGGCAGCAGAUCCCAAAGAAAAAUGCCCUCUCUGCCGAGAAGAAGGAGUUUAUGAAGGUGCUGUCCACUUGGAAGAGCUUAAUAUUCUGUUAAGCAGUAGUUGUCCAGAAUAUUGGGAUGAGCGGCUUCAAAUGGAGAGAGUAGAUAGAGUUCAGCAGGCAAAGGAGCAUUGGGAGUCCCAGUGCCGAGCAUUCAUGGGUGUCUAACUAAAUAGGCAAAAUACUGAUCGAGGACUAGUCUUGUCAACACUCUCAUCUUCUUCACUCUGAGUCUCACCGUCACUACUACAAAGCAAGGCUAUGAGUAGAGACAUCCUAAUAAGUGAGUCUUGUUUGAAUGAAGUUUUAAGAAGAACAGUGAAUUCGGUGGUGAAGCUGGAUGAGAAGAAGAAAAUCAUGGAGUGAGAAUUCAAAGGAAGUUUAAUAGCAACAUUGAAUGGAGUGUAACUAGAUAUGUGCAUAAGAGCUUUAAAAACACUCACAACUUAUCCAAUAUCACUUCAUGUUAAAUUAAUCCAUGUAUUUGCCUUUCUUUCUA